AUGGUGUCUUCUUCCUCUUCCCCUUCAGUCAAAAUUGACGGUUUGCUUGGGAUGAUUACUCUUCGUCUCAAGGACGAUAAUUUUCUCAAGUGGAGUUUUCAAUUGGAAUCCGUUCUUCAGGGCUAUGAUCUUUUUGGGCAUUUUGACGGAACUGAUAUUGCUCCUCCUCGCUUUGCUAUUGUUGAUGAGGUGGGUGUUACAUCUGAAGUUACUGCUUACAAGGAUUGGAUUCGCACUGAUAAGGCUUUACUCAGUUUGCUCAUUGCCACUCUCUCUGAUGAGGCCAUAGAGGCACGAAUCAAUCAUUUGAAGACUGAAUUACAGACGACCCAGAAGGGUGGAGACUCGAUCGAGCGCUUUCUCUUGCGUCUGAAAACGGUCCGUGACCAAUUAGUUCAAGCUAGGGUUAAGGUGUCUGACGAUGACUUUAUGAUUGCUACUCUUAAUGGCCUCCCUCAGGAAUAUGACUUGAUCAAGAUGGUUUUGAUUGCAAGGGAUACUCCAAUUUCUUUGAAGGAUUUUUGCGCUCAAUUGCUAGCUGCAGAAGCUCGAUUGGUUCCUCACUCUGCGAUGUUUGUUACUCCGUCGUCUUCGUCAUAUGCUUCUGUGAAUGCUAUGGGCCUUUCUAAUUCUGGUAUGGGUUUAUUGCCUACUCCAUCUUCUUUACCAGUUGCCUAUAUGGGGUCCUAUGAUUGUUCUGUUCUGCCUUCAUUAGAUCGCAAUUCUGGUUCAAGACCUGUUCUUGGUAACAAUGGUGGUUUUAGUCGUUUUAAUGAUCAUCAACAUCACAGUUUUGGCAAUAGCCAGCAUGGAGGUUUUUUUGGUUUUCCUAAUCAUUCUGGUUCUGGAAGAGGUAGAUUUCAAAGCAAAGCCUCUCCUUCAUCUUUCUCAGGAAAUCGAUUUGGUUCCAAUUCUUAUCAGAAAUCUGCAGUUGUUCCUGAAUGUCAAAUAUGCCGCAAACGGGGUCACACGGCUGCUAAUUGUUAUUUUCGCCAUGAGGCAAGCCCUUCUAGGCAUGGGUCUCAGGUUAUUAAAUGUCAAAUCUGUGGUAAGAAGGGUCAUGGAGCCUUGGAUUGUUUCCAUAGAUCCAACUAUGUUCAUCAGGGUCAAGCUCCUCCUUCCAACCUUUCUGCUAUGACUGCCCAAACUUCCUAUGUGCCUGAUUAA